AUGCGUCUUAAAGAAUUGGAAAGUUCACUUCAAAAUCUUUCCGGAUUUGAUGAACCCAAAAUAACACUUGAACAAUAUUGCACCACUCCACACCUUGCAGCAAGAAUGCUUUAUACUGCACAUUCAGUUUAUGAUGAUAUUGAAAGUAAAGUAGUGGCUGAUUUUGGAUGUGGUUGUGGAAUUUUAAGUAUUGCGUCAAACCUUCUUGAAUCAGAAUUCAAUAUGGCAUUAGACAUAGAUUUAUCAGCUCUUCAAACUGCACAAAAGAAUUGCUCUAAUUAUGAGGUUGAAGUGGAUUUUAUUCUUACAGAUAUUAAAUCAAAUUCAUUAUUUAAAUGGAAGAAUAAAGUGGAUACAAUUAUUGCAACGACAUCAGUGUAUUCUUUACAUAAGAGUUCAACUAGAGAGGCUAAAGAAUGGAAUGUUGAUUAUGAAAUAAUUGCAGAAAUGAAGUUUGAUGUUCCAAUGAUGUAUAAAUUUCAUAAAAAAAAAUCAGUAGAUAUAGAAGUGGAUUUUUUUCGAUUUUCAAAGAAAGAGUCGAGAAAUUAA